CAGAGUUUGCUAGGCAUGGGGAGAGGGAGUAGGGCAGAAGCCACCGACGUGGAGGGAUCUUUGGAACGUGGGGCGAUGGGGUGAGGAAGCACGAUGCCGGAUUGCCUCCCCCAUUUGGCCGACGCUUUUCCCCUACCCACCACCCAGGCCUCCUGGGCCAAGGGCCCAGCCUGACCAGCUGGAGCGGAUUUGGGCGAAGGAGGAAAGAGGGGCCCCGGAGCCCUCCCCAGUAUCCCUGUGCCGCCCUCCCUGAUUGGCUGUGCGUCCCUGGAGCCCAACUUCAGUCGCUCCGGACUCCGUCUGAGCCCCAGGGGAGCCGGAGUGCGGCGACCCAAGGCGGGAAGGGGGGCGGCCACGAAUCCCGGGGGCUGACAUCCCGGGGGCCCCUGGGGGGGAGGGACGCGGACGGGCCGGCCCCCGCAGCCUCUGCGAGGCCCAGCUCGCCGCGACUAGCGGCCUCCGCUCUUCUCCACCCCCCGCCCUUUCCUUCCCUCCCAGCGGCGGCCUCCCUCCUCCUCCGCCCCCCCACCCCGCCCGCCACCUCCCCCCGGUUUCUCAUUCCUGCCACCAGCGCGCUCGGCGGCUCAUUCCGCGGCCGCCGCCAGACGAGGGGAGCGUCGCGAGCAGAUGCCGCGGGGGCCGCUCGCAGCCGCCGCCGACUUGUGAAUGGGACCCGGACUAGGGCCGGGGCUGACACCGCUGCGCUCGCCCUGCGCCAGAUACCGACGGCCCGCACCUUGUGCCCACCCUCCAGGGCCCCAGAAAUCACUGUAUAUUCGGCUCAGUGGCCUCCUGACGAUCAUUCCUGUUGCCAUUUGUUGAAUGACCAAUCAGAUGGGUGGAGUUUUGCGUUACAGAAAUUGGCAGCAAGUAUCCAAUGGGUGAAGAAGAACUCCCCCGUUAAGACCGGUCCUGCUGUUCUUCACAUCUUCAGUAUUGCAGUGUGGAGACCUACAGAGGCUGAGUCACACACGUACUCAGACUCCAUCAAUCUCCUGACCAGAGAACUUAAUGGAUUCCCACUGGCCAUCAGAGGCCGACCGGGGAAGUGGGCAGCCCUGACGUGAUGUGCUCAGCGAGGAGAAACAUUCCAGUCCGAGAGAGCUCGGCGUGACGCGUGGGAGGCCACCAGUGGCCAGGCCGCAGCACAGUCGCUGGAAGGGGUGACAGCCGCAUCCUCCUGUGCCUACCACGUAACCAAAAAUGAAGGAGAACUACUGUUUACAAGCCGCCCUGGUAUGCCUGGGCAUGCUGUGCCACAGCCAGGCCUUCGCCACGGAGCGCAGGAGCCACCUGCGACCCUCGUUCCACGGGCACCACGAGAAGGGCAAGGAGGGCCAGGUGCUGCAGCGCUCCAAGAGAGGCUGGGUCUGGAACCAGUUCUUCGUGAUAGAGGAGUACACCGGGCCUGACCCCGUGCUCGUGGGCAGGCUUCAUUCCGAUAUUGACUCUGGUGAUGGGAACAUUAAAUACAUUCUCUCAGGUGAAGGAGCCGGAACCAUUUUUGUGAUUGAUGACAAAUCAGGGAACAUUCAUGCUACCAAGACAUUGGACCGAGAGGAGAGAGCCCAGUACACGCUGAUGGCUCAGGCGGUGGACAGGGACACCAACCGGCCCCUGGAGCCGCCGUCAGAAUUCAUCGUCAAGGUCCAGGACAUUAACGACAACCCUCCCGAGUUCUUACACGAGACCUAUCAUGCCAACGUGCCUGAGAGGUCCAACGUGGGAACAUCAGUAAUUCAGGUGACAGCUUCAGACGCAGACGACCCCACCUAUGGAAACAGUGCCAAGUUAGUGUACAGUAUCCUGGAAGGACAACCCUACUUUUCAGUCGAAGCACAGACAGGUAUCAUUAGAACAGCCCUUCCCAACAUGGACAGGGAAGCUAAGGAGGAGUACCACGUGGUGAUCCAGGCCAAGGACAUGGGUGGACACAUGGGUGGACUCUCAGGGACAACCAAAGUGACGAUCACACUGACGGACGUCAAUGACAACCCACCAAAGUUUCCACAGAGCGUAUACCAGAUGUCUGUGUCAGAAGCAGCUGUACCCGGGGAGGAAGUGGGAAGAGUGAAGGCUAAAGACCCAGACAUUGGAGAAAAUGGCUUAGUCACAUACAAUAUUGUUGAUGGAGAUGGGAUGGAAUUGUUUGAAAUCACAACGGACUAUGAAACACAGGAGGGUGUGGUGAAACUGAAAAAGCCUGUAGAUUUUGAAACCAAAAGAGCAUACAGCUUGAAGGUAGAGGCAGCCAACGUGCACAUCGACCCAAAAUUCAUCAGCAACGGGCCUUUCAAAGACACCGUGACGGUCAAGAUUGCAGUGGAAGAUGCUGAUGAGCCCCCCAUGUUCUUGGCCCCGAGUUAUAUCCAUGAAGUCCAAGAAAAUGCAGCUGCUGGCACUGUGGUGGGGAGAGUGCAUGCCAAAGACCCUGAUGCUGCCAAUAGCCCGAUAAGGUAUUCAAUCGAUCGUCACACUGACCUGGACAGGUUUUUCACUAUUAAUCCAGAGGAUGGUUUUAUUAAAACUACAAAACCUUUGGAUAGAGAAGAAACUGCCUGGCUCAACAUAUCAGUUUUUGCAGCAGAAAUCCACAACCGGCAUCAGGAAGCCAAAGUCCCUGUGGCCAUUAGGGUCCUUGAUGUCAACGACAAUGCUCCCAAGUUUGCUGCCCCUUAUGAAGGCUUCAUCUGUGAGAGUGACCAGACCAAGCCACUUUCUAACCAGCCAAUUGUUACAAUUAGUGCAGAUGACAAGGAUGACACAGCCAAUGGACCAAGAUUUAUCUUCAGUCUACCCCCUGAAAUCAUUCACAAUCCAAAUUUCACAGUCAGAGACAACAGAGAUAACACCGCAGGGGUGUACGCCCGGCGCGGAGGGUUCAGUCGGCAGAAGCAGGAUUUGUACCUCCUGCCCAUUGUGAUCAGUGAUGGUGGAAUCCCUCCCAUGAGUAGCACCAACACCCUCACCAUCAAGGUCUGUGGGUGUGAUGUGAACGGGGCACUGCUGUCCUGCAACGCAGAGGCCUACAUCCUGAACGCCGGCCUGAGCACUGGGGCGCUGAUCGCCAUCCUUGCCUGCAUCGUCAUUCUCCUGGUCAUCGUAGUGUUGUUUGUGACACUGAGAAGGCAAAAGAAAGAACCACUCAUUGUCUUCGAGGAAGAAGAUGUCCGUGAGAACAUCAUUACCUAUGAUGAUGAGGGGGGUGGGGAAGAAGACACAGAAGCCUUUGAUAUUGCCACCCUCCAGAACCCUGAUGGUAUCAAUGGAUUUAUCCCUCGCAAAGACAUAAAACCUGAAUAUCAGUACAUGCCUAGACCUGGGCUCCGGCCAGCACCCAACAGUGUGGAUGUGGAUGACUUCAUCAACACGAGAAUACAGGAGGCGGAUAAUGACCCAACCGCCCCUCCUUAUGACUCCAUCCAGAUCUAUGGUUACGAAGGCAGGGGCUCUGUGGCCGGGUCCCUGAGUUCCUUAGAGUCGGCCACCACAGAUUCAGACUUGGACUAUGACUACCUGCAGAACUGGGGACCUCGAUUUAAGAAACUAGCGGACUUGUACGGUUCCAAAGACACUUUUGAUGACGACUCUUAACGAAAACGAUACAAAUUUGGCCUUAAGAACUGUGUCUGGUGUUCUGAAGAAUCUAGAAGAUAUGUAAACAGGUAUUUUUUUAAAACAAGGAAAGGCUCAUUUAAAACAAGCAAAGUUUUACAGAGAGGAUACAUUUAAUGAAACUGCAAGGACAUCAAAGUGGUAAAUACUGUGAAGUACCUUUUCUCACAAAAAGGCAAAUAUUGAAGUUUAUCAACUUGGCUAGAGGAAAACCACUUGGCAUACAAAAUAUUUAAGAGAAGGGGAAGUCUAACGGUGAACUCACAAUGAAGGGAAAUUGUUUAUGUGUUAUGAACAUCUAAGUCCUUUUUUCUUCUUUUUUUUUUAAAUUUGUCAAAGAAGCUUCCACAAAAUUAGAAAGGACAACAGUUCUGAGCUGUAAUUUCGCCUUAAACUAUGGACACUCUAUAUGUAGUGCAUUUUUAAACUUGAAAUAUAUAAUAUUCAGCCAGCUUAAACCCAUACAAUGUAUGUACAAUACAAUGUACAAUUAUGUCUCUUGAGUAUCAAUCUUGUUACUGCUGAUUCUUGUAAAUCUUUUUGCUUCUACUUUCAUCUUAAACUAAUACGUGCCAGAUAUAACUGUCUUGUUUCAGUGAGAGGCGCCCUAUUUCUAUGUCAUUUUUAAUGUAUCUAUUUGUACAAUUUUAAAGUUCUUAUUUUAGUAUACAUACAAAUAUCAGUAUUCUGACAUGUAAGAAAUGUUACGGCAUCACACUUAUAUUUUAUGAACAUUGUACUGUUGCUUUAAUAUGAGCUUCAAUAUAAGAAGCAACUUUGAAAUAAAAAAACGAUUCUUUUUUAA